AUGGAUAUCAUAAAGCUUGCCGAAGGCGGAUUCAAUCGGGUGUUCCUCCUCUCCAUGGAGGAUGGUUUCCAGGCUAUUGCCAAAAUACCAUACCACAUUGCUGUUCCCAAGCAUUAUGCAACAGCCAGUGAAGCAGCUACGUUAGAGUUUCUGCACUCGAAGGGAGUGCCUGUGCCAAAACUUUAUGGUUACUCUGCUUCUGUCGAUAAUCCAGCUGGGGUUGAAUAUCUCAUUAUGGAAAAAGCUCACGGUGUUCCGAUUAUUGACAAAUGGUUCACCAUGACAAAGCGAGAAAGGCAUACAUUAGCUUCAAGCGUCGUGGAAAUCGAGAAAAAGUUGUUUGGCUUUUCUUUUAAUGCAAUCGGUAGCAUUUACUUUGCAUCUGAUGUGCCGUCACACCUUCAGGCACCUCUCUAUUCUAAGAGCUUUGAAAGUGACAUACAAGAUGAUACCCAUAAAAGGUUCUGCAUUGGCCCUACUGCUGAUUACAUGUUUUGGUAUGGAAGGAGAGCUGGACUUGACUUACAUCGGGGGCCGUGGACCAACCCAACGGAUUAUCUUCAUUCAGUCGGUGAAAAGGAGCUUGUAUGGACGCGCAGCUACGGGAAGCCACUUGAGCUGGAUUUUCCGCACAAUGGACCUUUUCCUGGAAAGCAGCAUCCCGAUCAAUACAUAACUCUCUUGGAGAAGUAUCUUGCCAUGAUCCCAUACCUUCUGCCCAAACAAAAUUCAGACCCGCGGAACCAGCCAACGUUCCGUCAUCCUGAACCGCUCCUCCUUGCCGCUGGUUAUCCUCGUGCAUUCGAAAAUCCAGAUAUCAAUGAACCAGUUGACCUUCAGGAACCAAAGUUACCACCCGAAUAUGACUCGCUGACUGGCGAGGACAAAGCAGAAGCGGAUGAGCUUUACCGACGGCAGACGCUUUUUUACUAUUACCGCAUAUUCAACGGCGUACACAAUAGGUCACAUCUGAGCGCUAUACAUGACCCUCUUCUCCACCCGCGCAAGCAUCUAGUAGACAGGGCUGGUCGUCAGUGGAGUGGAAAUUUGAUGACUCUCAAGGGCGCUCUUGUCAGAAUGGCUGAAUACUGGCCUCUCCUUCCAGACACAAAGGGUAUCAAAUGCCCUAUUGAGUUUUCACCGGAUGAAAUAGAGGAAUUCCACAAGAACGAGGAGAUUUGGUUUAGUCUAAAUGCUGUUGUGAAUCGGUGGCGGGAUCAGAUUGGAAUGAACGAGGAGGGUUGGAUUAGCAAUCAGCAAUAUGAAAGCGCUGUUGAAAGGGACAAGGGACUUAAGAAGGAACUGAUCAAGAUGACCGAGGGUGACCAGGAGGAUAUUGAGUUACUUCACAAGGGCUGGCCGUUUAGAGAUCAAGAGGAAGUGUAUUGA